ACACAACGUAGUCUUAGCGGGAGUAAAUCAGUAUAUAACUUCCCCUGCGCAUAACCACCCCCUACACUCACUACCCCAUCACCCUCGAGUGCUCUCUAACCCACCAACGCCCGGUCCAACCCAUCCAACCUCCCCACAGACAACAAUGCAUCUCCUAACUACAUCUUUCCGCCCCUUCCUCCUCCUCGCCGCCAUCCUAUCCCUCCUCUCCACAACCCUCGCCCAAAACCAAUGCGAAGGCGACAAGUCUAUCGAAGGAUACUGCACGAUCCUCUCCAUGACCGACGUCACAGACAAGUCCUCCAAGACCCCCACCACAGCUCAAUGCAUGAACACGUGUCGUAGCAUCCUCAGCGAUGCUGGGGACUGGAUUGUAGAUUUUACGGGUCAUCCUGAGGGCUACAUCGAUAAGCUCAGCCAGUCUAGUUGUAGCUUCAGUAUUGGGCGGGGAGCGGGUGAGGGGUUGGAUUAUCGGUUCCAUAUGCAUAAUCAGGACAUUGUUGAUAUCAUUGACGAUGUGAACCGGAGAUUUGGGGGACUGCAUGGCGGGAACGUAGCUGCCGAGGGGACUAUGGAAUGUGAGGGGCAUCAGGCGACUUGGUUUGUCAACUGA